UCUUUUAAUUUUUCCUCAGAUGAAUUAGAAUCAGUUUACUAAAAGUAUAAUCUGGCAAUGGAAUGUAAGACAGUUGCAAUGACGUUUGAUGAUUUGAUGAUUGAGAACAAAAGGGCAAACCAGAAACUGAAGGAAAUUCAUCAUUUUGAUACCCAAAACCAUUUAAAAAAACCCAGCGAUGAUCGAAGCAAAGUCCUUAGUAAUAGUAAAAAAAUUGAGAAUUGCAARCAAGAAGUAAAUAACCUUAAGAAAGAAGCGGURAAUCUGACGAAUGAAUUAGAAGAACUUGAGGAGGAAAAAGAAGCGCUGAGCAAAACCUAUCAUGAAAAGGAAUCUAGGCUAAAAUCUUUGGAAAAAGCCGUUGAACAAGACAAAAUAAACCAGGAGAAAGAAAUGAAGGAAUUUGAUAAAAGCCAUGCAAAAAACAUCCACAAAUUACAGGACGAGUUUGAGAGAGAAUUGAAUGAAGCCGAUUAUAAMUUUAAGGAAAAAGUCACAGAAAUCAAUGAAGUUAAUAAGCGACUCAACCAAGAAAUAACAACGCUGAAAAAAGAAAAUCUCGAUAUAAAUUAUUGCCAGUCUUAUAUUGGGCGAGUAUGUUUGAUUCUACAGGCCAUAAUGUAUCACAUCGUGCUGCCCGACCAGUUUGCUGAAGAUUACCCUUACAAAGUAAAGGACAUUGAAGAAGAUAUUGACGAUGAAUACUUGCUCGAUGACCACGAAAGACAAGAAGCUUGGAAAAGGUGGGAGGAUUUGAAGGAGAAGCUUCGUUGGGAACCUUCUAUUGAGAAAACGUUGAAAAUGUUACAGAAAGAGGGAAACUCCAUGGACAAACCAGAAGUCCUGACGGUUGAAGAAGCAGAGAGAGUUGCCGAAGAGCUGAACAAACAAGGUAGAUUAAGAGGAAGAACUUCAUACGAAAAAGUCAAAAAAAUCAUCAAGAUGUGGAAAAUAUCCCGCUAUACAUUGGCUCAGCCGUUGCCAUGAACAAGUAUUCAGUACAUAUUGAUGUGCAUGGUAAAUGUUCUUAACUUUUGAUGCCGUAAGUUUAAAUUUUCGGCAUUACUUCUUGAUCAAAACUGCACCAAAUUGUUGUUGCUAAUCAGUAGUCAACUAAACGAAGUUAAAACUAGGACAAUCCAGCUUUGACAUUUCAUUAUUUUACUGCCGUAUCGUGAUCAGCAGUUGCGGUUUUGUUGCUCGAUCUCGACAAAUAGUUGAUCUAUAUAUUUAUGUCGAAACCUACAAAACCUCCGGAUAGCUGUAUAAGUCAGGACAUGCGCAGUGCUACACUCACAGACU